AUGGCUAUUAAGGAUUACCUUGCUGGUUUUAAGAAGGCUGGAGCUGAUGUCUCGGAUGACCGGUUCAAAGAGCUCGAUGAGAACUUUAGUACGUUCGAGAAGGAUUUCGAUGCUCUGGACGUCAAAGAAGUUACUGAUGGUGAUUUUAAGAUGACUCCUCCUCCUUGGAUGUGUUCAAACCUUCCUCAGGGCGAGACCGCGGCUGCUUCUGUGAACCUUCCUCGGACUGAGACCGUCGCUCCCUUUGAUCAAUAUGGGACUUUAAUGAGCGCGAAGCAGCAACAGCAAGAUCGGCUUCUGAUUGAGUGUGGCUUGGAAGCGGAAGCUCAAGAAAAAGAGCCCGCUACUGUGGCGAAAGAUGCGGCCACUGGCGAGGAGCUCACUCCCCUUGACGGGUUUCCUGUCAUUCCGACUGCUCAGUCUUGA